UGCCUCGUGGUCUYCURAAAAKAUGUGAAUUUUCCUCAAUUUUUCUUUUGGGAUUKWUCCUUKAGAGGAUUUAGAGCAACCAUGGCUGCUACAGGACCAUAUAUUCUUCAUAAAUCGACUCAACUUUGCUUCGCAGUGCGAUCCAACGUCAACUUCGAGCAAAUCAACCCAAGUGUGUUGAGCUCAAAACUUGCAAGGAAGUUUAACUUUCCUGACGGCGCUAAUACAUUACCUCCUAGAAUAAACUUGAAAGUUCUUUCCACUGCUAUGAAUGUGGUUUGUGAGAAGGUCAGGUUGGAAAGAGAAAAGUUUGUGUUCGGGAAACGUCAAGGAAAACAUUUGAGGCGACGCCAUCAUCGCCAUAAUGAACUCAAAUCUCGUCCGCGUGAGUCAGUGAACAAUCUUGAAGAUCUCCCAAAGCACGAAGCUAAGAUGUCUUCAGAAGCUGUUCUUCUUGGUGCUGGGGGAUUCUUUUGGGCACAGGAAAGAAUAACAGAUCAUGAUUUGAUAAAUUGCACAAAAAAUCUUCAAAUAGAUGAAGAGAAAACUGAGAAAACACCAGAAGGAAAAGUUGAAAAUGAAGAUKCAAUAGAAAAAUGGGAAAUACUAUCAAAACAAGACCAUAUGUCAGUGCUAAGACGGCAGAUGGAGACAGGGAUCUAUGAGUAUAAAGUGUUUGGUACGUUUUUUGAUAUUAGUGCAAGGUCUUUCUUUACUAUACAAGUUGAUACAGAAUAUCGUAGAAUUUGGGACAAGUAYGCAGCAAAGYUAGAUAUUAUUGACCGCGAYCCRGAAAGUAACUGCGAAGUGUUGCACUGGAUCAUGAAAUAUCCUUAUCCAUUGAAAACAAGAGAUUAUGUCAUGAUCAGGAGAUCAAAGUUUGAUGAGGAAGAAAAAAAGAUAGUAUUGAUCUCAAAGGCAACAAGYCAUCCMAAAUACCCAGAAAAUGACGACCAUGUGCGAGUUAAUGAAUAUGCGUCMCAUAUGGUYAUUCGUCCACAUCGAACUUUUGAUGAGAAUGGAAUGGACUUUGUUCUUUCAUCAUWUGACAAUCCCAGAAUGACAAUACCRUCAGUCUGCAUGAAUUAUGCCUCCGCAGCAGGUAUUCCUGAUUACAUCAAUACUCUGCAUUCUGCAGCAAAAAAGAUUCAAAUACCAAGUGAUGUUUUUCACUGUGAAAAUGACCAAUCACUCACUGCUCUAGUAAAGAGAUAAAAACACCAAUUUAGAAAUUAAAGAGAAUUUAUUUUUGUAGAUAAGAUAUCAGUUACUGACAGAAAUUCAGAACUUAUAGGAGAAGAGUUUGACAUCAAUCACAAUAAAAUUGUAAAGAUAGUGACAAGGAGGCACAAAAUAAAGAAUUUCAUUCAAUGCUAAUUUUGUAGAUAUCAGAUAUUGACAGAAAUUCAGAACUUGUAGCUUGUUAAUCCUGUGAGAAGGGUAUGACAUCAAUCACAAUAAAAUUGUAAACAAUGACAAGGAGACAUGAAAUAAAUGCUUAUACCAGUAAUGGUUCCUUA